AGAGAGACGGAGGGAAGGAGGAGCGACACACGGAGCCGCUCUGUUCUCAGCUCCUACUCCGCCACUCAGCGCUCUCCCAUCCACCGCCGAACCGCGCCGCUCGGCAGCCGACAGCACCUUCCAGCCUGAGCAAAACCGCAGGAGCCGAGCCGGAGGGGGAGACGCCGGGCGGAGAAUGGAAUGGAACCUCAGAAGGAUGGAGAGUGAACUGAAGCACAUCAACCCGGACCUGCUGCAGCCCAGCAAAAGCUUCAAGAAGCCAUCAUCAGGCACCAUCACCCUCAAUGUCGGCGGGUUCCUGUACACCGCCCACCGGACCACGCUCUCCAAACACCUGGGUUCCUUCCUGGAGGAGCUGGCCAAUGGGAAGAAGGCGGUGCAGCACACCGACUCCAUGGGCAACCCGUUCAUCGACAGGGACGGCCCCGUUUUCCGCCACGUGCUCAACUACCUGCGAACCGGAGAGCUGCAGCUGCCUGACGACUUCCGGGAGGCAGGGCUCCUGCGGCGCGAGGCGGACUUCUACCGCCUGGGCGAACUGGUGGAGGCGGUGAGCGAGUGGGAGAACCAGCGGGCCGCCCAGCGUGAACCCGCCUUCCUGGAGGUGACGGACAGCCACGAGAGGUCGCAGGGCCUGAAGGUGUACUGCAGCGACGCCGGCUUCAUCGACAAGGUCAAAGGGCGGCUGGUGCAGAUCUCCAAGAGCCGGCUCGACGGCUUCCCGGAGGAGUUCAUCGUGUCGUCAAACGUCAUCCAGUUCCGCCACUUCAUCAAGUCGGAGCCGGGCUCGCGGCUCGUCCUGAAGGAGGACAGCACCUUCCUGUGCACGCUGGACUGCCUCAAACUGGAAACGGUGAUGCUGGCGCUCAAGGCGGGCUUCAAGCUGGUCACUGCGCUAGACAGCAGCAAGGGCUCGGUAGUGGCAGCAGAGGCCCUGCACUUCGUCAAAUAGGAAGGAAGCAGGAUAGGCAGGAAGGGGUUAACAGCCACCAGGUACUGUAGGUGUUGUUCUGUGUAACGUGGUAGAAGACUGACGGAUUGAGUCGUAUGUAUUUACUGAACAGCAAGCAUACGCUGCAAAAACACCAUUUAAGUUUUUAAUUUAUUCUGAAGGGACGAUGCACAUUAAUUAACAUUUUGGUAAAUGUGCCGAAAUUAGCCAAAACGCUUUUUUCCAUCUGUUGUCCCUGGAAAGUGAGUAACUGGUCUAGCUAAAAAAGAAAAGUUAAAAUGACUUUAUACAAAUUUUGUCAAUAAACAUAAAUAGUACACUGCAAAACCAUAAAGUUUUAAUUUUUUUAUGUACAUCAACGUUUUUGUAACUGGGUCAGAAUUAGCCAAAACGCUAGUUUUUCCUAGAAAUCCAGUAACUUUUCUACCUAAAAACAAACAAUGAUACAAUUCAUUGACAAAAUUGUUCUAAUUUUGUCAAUGAAUACAAACAAGACUCUGCAUAAACAGAGAAUUUGAUUUUUUAAAAUUUAUUUGUUAGGGAAACUUUACAUUAAUUAACAUUUUUGUGAAUGUGCCAGAAUUAGAAAAGCCUAUUUUUUCCCUAGAAACUUAGUAAUUAGUAUAGCUAAUAACAAAGAGCCUGAAGCCUGAAAACAAGCUCAAAUUUCUGUCUUUUUUUGCAGUGUAAAAAACUAACAAACACAGUCAUUAUAAAAAAAAGUAUACAAAGUAACUAAAACCAAAUUAAUCCUUCAUCUAGAUGGCAAAACAACACAUAGUGGGAUUAGGAGAAAGUACUUAAUAUUCAAAAUGUUGACAGAUCUGAGGUGUUAUGAACCAAUUCUUUAAAUAAAUUAUAAGUAGUAAGAACUUUGACUGUCUGAUUAACAACAUAUUAUUAAGUACUUUUGUCUAGUUCUACUUCAAAUAUCUUAGUUCACCUGAAAUAAAACAAAACUAACUUACAAGUAACUUUUCAGCAAAAAAUAGGAGCUUAUUUCAAUCAACUUUAUUUUUGUACCGAUAGAUUUACAGUGGGGUGAGGCGCACACACAAGAAAUAUAAACAUAACAUGAUUAAAUGUGUUCAAUACUUCAUUAGGACCAGAAAAAAUAAGAAUAAUAUAAAAUCAAACUUUGGAAACUUCUAGCAACAAAAAUAAAACUGGUUUUAUUCUGCUUAGUUUUACAUUCAGAGAUUAAUUAUCUGCAUCCAGAUGUCUUAAGUCAUUAAUUCCUUAAUAUUGAUGGAAAAGGUUUCAUUUGUAACAUGGGAGAAAUGUCUUGUUAUAAGUGAAAUAAUCUGCCAGUGGAACUUUUUUCCAUUAAAGUCUUAUUAGCUUUAAUAUCUUGCUGAAAAGUUACUUGUAAUUGAGCUUAGUCUUAUUUUAAGAGUAGUAAUUUGUUUUCACUAAAAACUAGACAAAAACAGUUGGUGGUAUUUUAUGUUUUUGCAGUGUACAGUCUGGUAACAGCUUCUUUUGAUAUGGUAAUCUUAAUUAAAACACUUUGGUUUGUAACUACGCACAGUUUCAAACUUAAGUGUAUAACAUAAUACAGUUCAUUAAUUUGAAAUAAUUAAAAAGAAGAAAAAAAAUCUAUUGCUGUAAAAUGUAUCAAUAUGGGUUUUAAAAUUGGUCAUUUAAUUUUGAGACACAGAUUUUAAGAAAAAUAUGAUAUUUUUCCUUUUUUAUCAUUCUGGCUUUUACACUAUUAGGUCAACAAACUGAUAUUAGCUGGUGAAUUAGUGAGUCUCUCCAGGAUGAUGCGAUGGUUUUUUAUGAUUAUUGCAGCUUAAAAUUACUGGGUUUUAAGCAUUUUUUUCAAAAGGUUUACAUUUAUCAAGCUUUAUUUUUUUUGUCUUACCAAAAAAAAUAUAAAUAUAUUGCUGCACCUGACCUUCCCAAAAAAGACAGAGUUAAUAUUAAGACUGCAAAUAAAAUGUUCAAGUUCAAAUAGCAAAACAACAAAUAAAAACAUUUUCAGACGAGUUGUCAAAUGCAAAAAGAAGAAUUAAAUACUGGCCAUUGAAGGCAACGUGAACACAGUAUAAUGAAAUCUGACAGAAUGUCUCAAAAUUAUUUUUGAAAUGAAGAAAAAGAGAGAAGAAAUAGAGUUUUUGAGACACUGUGAAACAGGAAGUUACAUUUUGAUUGGUUAAAAUUCAGCUAAGUUGCAGUGAUUGGUCAGAAAAAAAAGGAAAUACAGAAAACAUUAAGGAAUUAGAUUUGUGGAAAAGUUGCAUGUUGUGAAAAUUGCAAGUCUGUGCAAAGUUUGAAAGUUAUUAAUUGCAUUUACAUUAAUAGCUGCUAUAGCACCUUCCUGGAGGGACUUAUUGGUCCGACUACCUAUUCUCAUACACCAAUCAGAGUCAAGGCUGCUGCUCCACUCCGUGGUUUCAUGACAGGAAAUAUUUCCAAAAUCCAAGUCUGUCUUACUUGCAAGAAUUCAUAAGUGUUUAAUCAUCAACAGGUGGGGGAGGGGAGCUUUUAAGCCAGGAGAAAACGGCUCUGGGAUCUCAUUACAAAGACUUUAAAAGGGUGUGAACACGUUGAAACUUGUAACCAGCCCAUGCAUCCUGCACAGUGGUGGCUUAUAAACAAAGUUUACAGCAUUUCAAUAUGAAAAAUUUGCACUCUCCAUUUCUACAACUCAAAAUAAUCCGGAUAAUCCGUCCUGACCAGCUUUGGAUCAGUUUCUGCUUGCAAAAGCCUUCACAACCAGCCGUGAUGUGCACUGUUGUGCCAUUCAGCUUUUAUAACAGCCUCGGUGUGAGCGCGCGUGUGUGUGUGUGUGUGUGUGCUCUGCUGGUGUAAUGGCUUGUGUUCAGUUUAUUAGCUUCUCUGGAGCCUGAAGGGGGAAGACAAAGCACAGAAUAAAAUAAAACUUCACCAAAAUGUUUAAGUGCAAAGAACUGUGAUGAUCGUAAGGGCUUUGAAUGCAGCAUGAUGCAUGUGCACUGAAUAAUCCGCGUGGUUGUCAGCGCUGUGAGCCUCUGUGAAAGCCACUUGUCACAACUCUAUGACUUUUAAAUGUGAAUAUUUUACAAAUAAAAAUAACUAUCUCCAA